AUGUUUCCCAGCGGGCUGGACUCGUUGAUUGGCGAACGUAUCAUGUCUAUGGGCGAUGGACAGCUGCAAAUACCUUUCGCAGUGCCAAUGGAGCCCACUGUCACGAUAGAUUCUGGCCCAUUGAUUGGUACCACCACUCUUCUGCCAUCGUCGACGGUCACAGUGAACAAAUUCCUGGGUAUUCCAUUUGCUAUCAGCCCUCCAGAGCGCUUCUCACCACCUGUGCCCGUGCAAGAAUGGGAGGCUCCAAAGAAGGCACAAGCUUUCACCAGUGCUUGCAUGCAGCAAUUUCAAUCCGAGUUCAUAAGGAUGUUCUACCAAGGUACUGGCUACCCAGGAGAUAGCGAAGACUGCCUGUACCUGAACGUAUAUGCCCCUACUCAAGGGGCAGAGGGCAAGUCCGUCCUCUUCUGGAUCUAUGGUGGUAAUUUGCAGGUCGGCACCGCGAUGCAGGAUUUGUACGAUGGCUCAAGCUUUGCAGCAAAUCAGGAUGUGGUUGUAGUAUCGGCGAAUUACCGAACAAAUUUAUUUGGUUUCCCAAACUCUCCAGAUAUACCUCUUAGCCAACAGAAUGUCGGCUUUUUCGAUCAGCGUCUUGCCCUUGACUGGGUGCAGCGUAACAUAGCCGCCUUCGGCGGUGACCCUGACAAAGUGAUCAUCGUUGGAGAGUCAUCAGGAGCUGGCUCUGUCGAUCGACUAGUCCAUCUUCCUCCAAAACCACUCCCUUUUAGAGGAGCUAUUGCUCAGUCUGGGCAAGCUAGCGUCAGCUACGGUGGAGCAAACGGUAAUGUCACAGCUUGGAAAGUACUAGCCGAGGCAUUUGGGUGUUCUGCGCCUGAUAAACAGCUCGCUUGCCUUCGCGAGGUAGACUCCCUUGCUAUCCAAAAGCUCCUCGAUGACCCCGAUGGACCAAGAUUUCACCCGGUAAAUGACAACAUUACCCAACUUGCUACCCCUGUCGAUCGAUCGCUUCAUCAAAGCGUCCCUUACAUGAUCGGCUCCAACGGGCAAGAAGGGCGUGUCGAUGUUGUAGAGGAUGCUGAUCGAACAGACAUGCCGACCAUAUUGAGAGGAUUCGCCCGUAAUGUAUCUGGUCUAGAAGAAGCCUACUCUAUCCCAUCCGCCGGGAUCACUACUGCAGCGGAUGCAGCAGCUCAGAUCUUUACUGAGAGCAUGUUUCAGUGUCCGGCUGCCGUCGUCGCUAACGAAAGUGAAGCUGCAGGGUGGCCCACUUGGAGGUACUAUUACAACGCAAGCUUUCCGAACCUGGCCAUCCAAGAUGCUCUUGCGAGUGUCGGUCAGCCGGACUUCGAUCUUCGGGCUUUUCAUUCUGCGGAGAUCUGGUUGGUGUUUGGAACAUAUGCUAUGACCAACGCGACAGACGCCGAAAUUAGGCUAAGCAAAGCUAUGCAGACUGCUUGGGCUAAUUUUGCCAAAGACCCGCAUAUUACUGGACCUGGAUGGCCCAAGUACGGAACUAAUAACGAAUCCGUUGGCCAGGAGCGUAUUGCACGCUUGGGUCUUGGUCCAGAGUACAAUGUCACGAUGAUUGGAGAGAAUCAGAUCGAUUUCCGCUGUUCACUAUUCAAGGAAAUGUAUAAAACAGAGGAAGCGCCGCCUUUUUGA